CUGGAUGGUAUAAAGAGAGAUUGACCUUAUGGAGUGGCUCAAGCUUCCUUGUCGUCUCUUGUGGAAUUACUUCUCCAUUUGUAGAAAUGAAGAUGUUCGUUUCACAAGUUCUAUUGGUGUUGGGUGCCGUGGGCUUGGGCUCGGCCCAUUUUAUCGUCCCCAAUGAUAACCAAGACAUGUCCGGCCUCACGGUCAACUCGAUCCCAGCAGCAAAGCGAGUCGAGUACAUGCAAAAGGCAAACGAGGCACUUUUCCGGCAAAGCGGACCUUGCCCCUUUGCCGCUUUCGGGACCAUCAUCGUCAACCACACCAGCGAUGAAGUCGUUUGUGAAGGAGCAAACUUCCGAACUGGGGACCCUACGAUUCACGGAGAGAUUUCUGCCAUCAACGCAUGCACAGCCAAGUUUGCUGAACAGGGCAUGACGCCAACGCAGAUCUAUGCCGCGUGGGGAGACCUUUCAAUCUACACAAACGCUGAGUCUUGUCCGAUGUGCGCGAGUGCAAUUCGUUGGGCUGGUUUCAAAGAAUAUGUCUAUGGAACCACGAUUCAGCACAACUACAACGUCGGCUGGGGCGUGAUGACUCUGAGCAGCUACGACGUUUUCCAACAAUCUCGCCAGCUACCUGGCUUCCAAACCUCCAUGAUCGGACAGAUCCUGACCAACGAGACGGACCCUCUCUUCUCAUGGCAGUAUAACGCAAGCGCGCCCUGCCCGAACGAGUGCUUCCGCGUUCCGAGCGCGACUCGAGGUGGGACGACCUGCUCCAAUGUGACCGUUUCUCGCAGGGACUAUGAUGCGUUGUAGAGAGUCAUUCAGAUAAGACGAAGAAUCUGGCUUGUGGGAGAGUUUUUAAGCACAAAGGGAAAGAAUUAGGCUCUUUGUCCUUGUGAAUGUUUUGGAACCGCUAUGUCAAGUAGAGCAAGGUAUUGGUAUCCAGUUAGACCCCAAUUUUGAGUCC